AUGACCUGCCUGGCACGGUGUGGCCAUCAGGACACUGCCUGUCACACUCUCACUGCGGACCCCUGGGACCUCCCGGAGCAGCCUUCCUACAGUUCCUGGCCAAAGCGGGUGAGGGUCCCGUUGCUCCUCUUUGUGGGGCUGGGCCCCGCGGUGUUCGUGGGCCCAGAUCUCGCCCACAUAAACAGCAGCCCUUUGGGGUCCUCAGUGACUGUCACAAGUGUAAAGUGGGCUUUGGACCAAAAAGUUCCCGAACUGCGGGGAGGACCAAGUCUCAGGUCCAGUCCCGAGACUGCUGGGCUCGGUGUGAAUCACCGCUGGUUGUUAAGCAGGUAUCUUCUGUACGAUGUCAAUCCCCCCGAGGGCUUCAACCUCCGCAGGGACGUCUACAUCCGCAUGGCCUCCCUGCUGAAGACGCUGCUGAAGACGGAGGAGUGGGUGCUGGUGCUGCCCCCGUGGGGCCGCCUCUACCACUGGCAGAGCCCCGACAUUCACCAGGUCCGGAUCCCCUGGGCCGACUUCUUUGAUCUCCCGAGUCUCAACAGAAACAUCCCCGUCAUCGAGUACGAGCAGUUCAUUGCAGAGUCCGGCGGGCCCUUCAUCGACCAGGUGUACGUGCUGCAGAGCUACGCGGAGGGCUGGAGGCCGGGCACGUGGGAGGAGAAGGUCGACGCGCGGCCCUGCAUCGACCCGCUGCUGUACACGCAGGACAAGCACGAGUACUACAGAGGAUGGUUUUGGGGCUACGAAGAAACACGGGGUUUAAACGUUUCCUGUCUGUCUGUUCAAGGAUCGGCUUCUAUCAUCGCGCCUGUGCUUCUGAGAAACACGUCAGCACGGUCCGUGAUGCUGGACAGAGCCGAGAACCUGCUGCACGACCACUACGGGGGCAAGGAGUACUGGGACACCCGGCGGAGCAUGGUGUUUGCCAGGCACCUGCGGGCUGUGGGCGACCGCUUCAGAAGCCGGUACCUCAACUCCACCGACGAGGCUGACGGGACCCCCUUCCAGGAGGACUGGACCAAGAUGCAGGUCAAGCUGGGCUCCUCGCGGGGCGGCCCGUACUUGGGGGUCCACCUGAGGAGGAAAGACUUCAUCUGGGGGCACAGGGAGGACGUGCCCAGCCUGGAGGGAGCCGUGCGGAAGAUCCGCAGCCUCAUGGAGCAGCACGGGCUACAGCAGGUGUUCGUGGCCACCGACGCCGCGCCAGCGGAGCACGAGUUGCUCCGGCGGCUGCUGCCCGAGAUGGUGAGGUUCGAGCCCACGUGGGGUGAGCUGGAGCUGUACAAGGACGGCGGCGUGGCCAUCAUCGACCAGUGGGUCUGCGCCCAUGCCAGGUUCUUCAUCGGCACGUCCGUCUCCACGUUUUCCUUUCGGAUCCACGAGGAGAGGGAGAUUCUGGGUUUGGACCCCCGGACGACGUACAACCGCUUCUGUGGGGACCAGGAGGCGGCGUGCGAGCAGCCCACUCACUGGAAGGUCGCGUACUGAGCCGGACCCGUCCCCGCGCGGUUGGCUCGCGGGUGUCCCUCUGAUGACGUGUGUCGCCGUGGGGGCCCCCCCACCGCUGGCUGCGCGACCGUCACGUCUCGAGAUCUCAGGCCCAGAGGAAGCCACACACGCAGGCGCGGCCCGCGGACCCGUGAGCCCCGCCACGCCCGGCGCUGAACCCGUGCCUGGCAUCUCCAGCUGCCUGUGAGGGGACCGCCGGGCACUGCCUGCGCCUCCACCAGGGUCUCAGGCCACGUCUCAGCCCUCAGUGGCCAGUGCGGCCAUGGAGGCCGCAGCCUGAGCCCCUUGGCGCAGUCUGGAGGGCGGCGAUGCCCCCGGGCUCGGCAUGGUGGAGUCUGUCGGUCGUCAUGGCCCCGCGGUGGCUUCGCCUGCGUGUGGCCUCGUGUGACUGGAGGAAAGGUGGACACCUGGCAGAGCCGGGACUGAGGCCCUGGGGGCCUGUGAAGCCGCCUUCUGUCUUCUCUCGGGUCCGAGUGCCAGGAAGCUCCACGGCGGGUCUUGAGUGAUCUGUCCUGUCGCGGGAGAAACUCUCGUGGCCGUGGGCGGCUAACGGGUGGCCCCACCAUUGUCCGGGUGGCUGCCUCUGUGUCGGUCCGCAGCGAGCUGGGGAGUGGCCUGGGGGGCUGCUGUCCGGGCUGUGGGCACAGCUGUCUCCUGGGACGCUCCUCCGGGCCUUCAGCACUGCCACCACCGGGGCAUCCCUGGGCAUGCAGGGCGGCCGUGGCGUGUGGUCACAGGGCGCCACCCCGUCUCCUCUGACCAGGAACCCUGACCUCAGGGACGCCCCAGUGGCCAUGGGCACGGGGGGCCUUCUGCUGGGCCCGGCAGUCGGGUCUGAAGCCUCGGGCUCUGCCUCCUCCUCAGCUUCGAAGUCAAUCCUGAGCACGCACUGGGGCCCUGUGGUGUCACAGCUGGGUAUAGUGACAUGGGAUAUUUAUUCUGUCCCCAUUUGUACAAUCAAAUAUUAGUAAAGUAAGUUUUCUAGAAAGCCAGAA